ACAGUCGAAAUGACCGACGAGAAGUGUUACCGACGCAACGCCUGACGACCCUGCUGCAAGCCCGCAUCCACCAUGAAGACAAGCGGCCUACCUCUCUUCGCCUUCGGGCUCUACGUCUCCACGGCGACCGCCCAGAUCGUCCAGACGGGUGCUUCCCUCAAGCUGGGAGACAUCUACUACUACGUCUCCCCCUUCUCCCAGGGCAAGAUCGUCGACGGGCCCCUCGACAUCAAGUCGCUGCCCCGCGCCUUCGGCUUCACCCCCAUCACCGUCGUGUCCGACGAUGGCGUCGACAAGGAAGCCCUCCCCUCCCUCUUCGGCAACUGGACCUCGGCCGACGACGUCUGGCAGCCCUCCUUCCUCUCCACCGUCUUCCUCGCCGGCCACGCCGCCUCGCCGUGCCUGAGCAAGCAGUCCUUCUACGAGGACGUCCGCUCCCUCGUCCUGCCCUUCGAGGGCAACAGCACCGCCCUCCCCUCGGGCCCGUACUUCCUCGACACCGCCUCGGGCGACGUCUACCAGGCCUACCGCCUCUACGACGACUCCAUCGGCUCCUUCACCGAAUCCCUCCUCCAGAGCCCCGACGCCAGCUCUUUCCAGCCCCUGUCGGCCCACAUCCCCUCCUCGGCCUCCGUGACCAUCGGCGUCCCCUCGCGCCUCUACUACAGCCCCACCCCGGAGAAGCCCCUCGCCGGCGUGCGCAUCGGCAUCAAGGACAUCUACGACCUCGCCGGCAUGCGCAAGUCCAACGGCAACCGCGCCUGGUGGAACCUCUACCCGCCCGCCGCCACCACCGCCCCCGUCGUCCAGCGCCUCCUCGACGCCGGCGCCAUCGUCGUCGGCCACCAAAAGACCUCGCAGUUCGCCAACGGCGAGUCCCCCACCGCCGACUGGGUCGACUACCACGCCCCCUUCAACCCGCGCGGCGACGGCUACAACAACCCUUCCUCCUCGUCCGCCGGCGCCGGCGCCUCCGUCGGCGCCUACCCCUGGCUCGACAUCGCCCUCGGCUCCGACACGGGCGGUUCCGUCCGCGGACCCGCCGGCGCCCAGGGCCUCUUCGGCAACCGCCCCUCCCACGGCCUCGUCUCCCUCGACGGCGUCAUGCCCCUCUCCCCGACCCUCGACACGCCCGGCUUCCUCGUCCGCGACCCCUGGACCUGGGACGCCGCCAACAAGGCCAUGUACGGCGCCAACUACACCUCGUACGCCGGCUCCUCCUCCGUCGCCUACCCGUCCAAGCUGUACACCGUGGGCCUCCCCGCCGCGUCCUCCGACGCCGGCAAGAUGAUCCACGACUUCGCCAACGCCCUGGCCGCCUUCCUGGGCACCGAACACUCCGUCUUCAACCUCGACUCCGCCUGGGCCGCCACCGGCCCCGCCGAACUGCGCUCCACCCGCCUCUCCACCCUCCUGAGCUCGACCUACGCCACCCUGAUCACCAAGGAACAGAUCGAGCUCGUCCGGGAGCCCUUCUUCGCCGACUACGCCGCCGCCCACGACGGCCGCCGCCCCUUCGUCAACCCGGUGCCCCUCUCGCGCUGGGCCUGGGGCGACUCGAUCCCGGACGCAUGGUACCCGGAAGCCCUGCACAACAAGACCGUCUUCAUGGACUGGUUCAACGCCGAGGUCCUCCCCGCUUCGUCGUCGUCCGCCUCGUGCUCCGACUCCAUCCUCAUCUACCCGGGCAGCACCGGCAACCCGUCCCCGCGGAACCGCUACAGCGCCAGCGCCCCCGGCGCGCCGCUUGGUUUCGGCACCUCGCGCAUCUCCGUCUUCGCCGAGGUCCCGGACAGCGUCUUCCCCCUCGGCGAGGUGGCGAGGCCCAGUACCAUCACGGGGCGGGACGAGUUCCUGCCUGUUGCCGUCAAUGUGCUCGUCGCCAAGGGAUGUGAUGGCCUGCUUGUCAAGCUGGCGCAGGAUCUCGUCCGGGAGGGCGUCCUGACUGUUCCCAAGGCCGGUGGUACCAUGGCGGGGGGUGACUUGCUGGUCAGGAGGGACAUGGACCAUGAUUACCUUGCCGAUAUGGAGUGGAUGUGA